AUGCCUUCCGCUUACAAGAGCAAGGGCAAAGGUCGUGAUGCGCGCCCGCCGCGUAGUCGCAACACUACCCCAUCAAAUGCGGGCGGUACCACUGCUGUUGCAGCGCCGCCCCUUCCAGGCUACCUUGAGAACGAUGUCACGAAGCUCAUUGAUCUGGCCAAUGACCAAUACACUGAUGUACUCGAUCUCGUUGGCGGCCCAAAUAUUCCCGAUUCGAAAACCCUCGAGAGCCUGGUGGAAUACCUGAAGAGCCUCAGUGACAUGGCAGAUGCCCGCGGCGAGACUUGCAAUGCUGGUAUGCGAGAGAUGUCCCAGAAGAGGAAAGAAGUGAUGGAGGACCAGGAGAUUAGUCGUGAAGUUAGCGAACGGGCCAAGUUGAAGCGGGAGACCGAAGACGAUGAUGAUCUGGUACACAAAGCGAAGCUGAAGAAGCGGAAAGAGCGGUCGAGCACAAAGGAAGAACGGCCGUUGAACCAUGGAGCCCAUGAUGUCGCCCGGCAGGAUGGUGCUGAAACGAAGGUUGAAGGAGCGGCUUCUCCAGUUUCCAAGCACGCAAAGAACGCAGCUUCCGACGGUAGUUCCUCGCUCUCGCCUCCCUCCAUGCUGUCUCCGAAUGGAGCAGCUGUCGGGGCCGACGGCGCAGCUGCGCCUGGCUCCCCCGACUCGGAGUCCAGCGAGGACUCUCACCAGCCCGAACCUCAGCCAGCUGUACCUCAAAUCCAGGUAUUUGGCGACAAUCCGCUCAAGUUCGAUGAUCCAACUGUCUACCACAUCCGCGACGUCACACCGGACAUGGGGGAUGAUGAGAAGAAGGAGAUUUACAGCGUUGCGAGUUUUCCCAAGAGCGACCUAGCUCAUAUGAUGGCCGGUGUGCCUCCGGACAAGGAUUUCAGCAACGCAAAGCCGUCAAACCAGGUCGGCGCCAACACUUUCCUCACCUGGAUUGAGCCGUAUGUGCGACCUCUCACCGAGGAGGACAUCGCGUGGCUGAAGGAAAGGGGCGACCGCACGAAUCCAUUCAUUAUCCCGCGCCGUGGAAAGAAGAAUUAUCGUCAAAUCUGGGCAGAGGAGGAUGGGGUCUCGUACGAUCCCAAUCAGGACGACAAGGACCAGCUGCCUUUAAACCAAGGUCGCGGCAACAUUGACCAGUUGACCGACGACAAGACCGAGACCAACGAGGUUUCGAUCGGACCGCUGCUUAGUCGCCUGGUGUCUCUUCUGCGCUAUGAGCACCGCACCCUUCCUGAGGACAGUAAUAGCUCCACUAAUGGCGAUCUGCCUGCCGCCGAGGGUCUCAAUGGUGACGCGAUGGAACUGGACCAACCAAAUGGCAAUUUGGAGACAAAAUCCUCCUCGGAGAAUAAGCCCCUUCCCGCGGCUACUUCCUUCCGGGACGCUUCACCAACUGGUUUCAAGACUUCUGUUGCCAAACUCGACCACGCCCAGCUUGACGAGCGCGCCAAGGCAGAGCUGCGAUACAUUGGAUUCCUCGGGGCGGACGACAACCCCGAUUAUGACGCACACUACGAUGAUGAAGUGGCAGAGCGCCUGCGUCUCUUGCAAGGCGAGCUCAAGAAGCAGAUCAUCACAAAUAAUGCCCGAAAGGCACGCAUUCUAAAGAUCGCCCAGGAGCACAUGGCUCUCCUCGAGUUCACCACUAUCCAGGAUGAUCUGGAUUCCCAGGUCCAGCAAGCUUAUCUCAAGCGAACUCGUACCAUGGGAAAGAGCAAAAAGGGCUCACAAGCUAAGCACCGUCCUGGCGGUGCUGGUGGUGGCGUUGCUGGUGCCGGUGUUUCCCGUCCCGCCGUUGGCGAUGCUGCAAAGAUCGUCAUGGAUCGACGAAAGCGCUGGAACGAGGCCUUCCUUCCGAUUUUUGAAGAUAUCAAGACCACUAUCCCGUCUGAGAACGAAACGAUCUUCGAUCCCGCCAUAAUGGCCGAGUACGAAAAGGCCGAAUUGGAAGCUUGGGACGAGGAGUGA